AUGGAUGAUAAUCCCACUGAAUGGUUUCAAUCGAAAAUAUUAGAAUUGGAAGAUGAUUUAAAAAAGCAAGAAGUUUUGCUUGAAUUAAAAUCUGUAGUUAUGAAUUCGGAAAAUUCUGUUUUGUACGGCAUUGCUCAGCAAGUUUCUUUACAUCAAAAUGAUAUCGAAGUUAUUUGCAUAAUAAUAUAUGAACUUCUAAAACAAUUAACACCUCAAGAAUUACUUAAAAAGUACAGCGAUGAGAUCGAUGAUACCUUAAAACACAAUUCUAACGAUGUUAAAAAAAUUGGUUUAAAGCUAUUGGAAAAAAGUAUUACUGAUGAGACAAUCGAAUACCUAAUUAAAAGUCACAUUUUGUUAUUCAUAAAUGUUAUCGAAUGUUUAGCAAUAAGUGAGAGGAGUACUGCACAAUGCGCAAUAUCGGCGUUAAUUAAACUGGGCUCCAAUUUGAAAGGUUUAGAAACAUUAUACUCUGAAUUACUUUGUCAAAAACUCCAAAAAGUUAUGUCUAAGAAUGAUAUAUCAAGAUUUAGAGUUUAUGAAAUUGUUGUCGGAGUUUCAGAAAUUUCUUCAGAACAUUUGUCUGCUUCUACUUUUUUACUAAAAUAUUUAGUAUCCGAUGUUUAUUCAUCCGAUCUUUUGAAACAAUUAAAUGCUUUUGAAAUUUUGUCUAAUUUGGCUAAAACUAAUCACGGUCUAAAUUAUUUAGUCGAGUGUAAUGUUGUUCAAAAAUUAGUCAACAAACUUUUAUAUAUAAAUGAAGAACCACUUUCUUACAUGCUUUUACCAGGAUUAAUAGAAUUUUUUGGAAAUAUCUGUAUUCAGCAACCUGAAAGUUUUGUGAAAGAAUAUCCACAAGUAAUGUCUCUUCUUUUUAAUAGCUUGAAUACUGAUGAUCAAAUAGUGAUAGGAGUUAUUAUUAUUACUGUUGGUAAACUAGGUUCAACUUGCAGUGGAAGAAAUGUUUUAAUUCAAUUUCCAGAACAAAUGAAUGGAUUUUUUAAAAAAUGUUCAGAAUUUUUAAGCACAAAAAGCGAUAUUACAAUCUCAGUGUUAAAAACGUUUGGAGAAUUAUUGAAAAAUAUUGAGGGCAAUUCAGAAUGCAAUGAAGUCACAGAAAGUUGGUUAAAUGCAAUGGAUUCUGAUGCAUUCGACAAUAUAACUUCUUUGGCAAAAUUUCCAUUUCCAGAAUUCAAAUUGGCAGCUCUUUCAUUUUUACUAUCUAUUACCACUCACCAAUGGGGUGUUGUAAAAUUAUGCAAUUCCCCAGGCAUGAUUGAAUUUUUAUUAGAUAGAUCUUCAGAAAUUGAUAAAGACUGUAAGCAAAUGAAAUAUGACAUAAUAUGUAAUAUAGUUCAGUGUAAAAAUGUAGAACAAUUUUUAGUACCGGAAGUUUUACAAAGUUUAAUGGAAUUUGUGCAAGAAGGACCUUUUCAUGUGCCCUUAGAAGUUGAACUGAGUACUGAAGGUGCCACUUAA